UUAUCAUAUUAUCUAUGACUUUGUUAUUGCUUGUCGAAUAAACAGACAUUUGUGAGUUUGUUUUUUGUUGUAUUUUGGUCGAAAAUUAUAAUAAUAACUUUAGAAUUUAUAGUACUAGAACUAAAAUAUUGAUAAAUAAAUAUAACUUACAUUUCAAACAAGAUUAUACAAAUGGCAGGCCUAGAAUCUAUGGUAGCAGAAGAGGUUAAGCCAAUCGACAGAGAAAAGACAUGCCCUUUACUACUUCGUGUGUUUUGUUCUACUGGAAGACAUAAUUCACCCGGCGAUUACGCUAGAGGGCUUGUACCUCAAAAUGAACUUCAAAUUUAUACAUGGAUGGACGCAACGUUAAGAGAACUCACAGGUUUAGUAAAAGAAGUGAAUCCUGAGACUAGGCGGAAAGGCACAUAUUUCGAUUUUGCUGUAGUUUUCCCCGAUGCGAGAUCCCCUACAUAUCGUAUGAGAGAAAUUGGCGUGACUUGUUCGGGACAACGGGGUGGUGAUGAUAAUAAAACUCUGGCUCAAGUUAAAUUCCAAAUUGGAAAUUACCUAGACAUAUCAAUAACUCCAUCGAACAGAAUGCCACCUCCGAUGAGAAGACCGCAGAACUAUGUUAAUAACAGACCAUAUUAACAAUUAAAUUCUUCUUUAGCUUUGUUUUAUAAUAAAUAAUAACAAGUAAA